AUGGCAACACGGCAAACAUUCACCAAAGACGAGCUCGGACGGUACUUUGACCGGAUCUGCCUGCCGAAAGCUCGACGGAUCUACGAUGCCUCCCAACUAGACGACCAGCAAAAGCUGGCCUUCCUCAAUCUCAUGCAAAAGCACCAUCUCUGCAAAUGUCCGUGGGAGAACAUCGUCCAGCACUACUCCUGGCACAAAACCGUCUACCUCCGCCCCUCGCAUCUCUUCCAAAAGAUCGUCGGAAACCCGGGCCGCGGAGGCUACUGCUUCGAGAACAACUUCUUCUACCAUCUCAUCCUCCGCAGCCUCGGGUUUCCAGCCUACAUGUGCCCAUCUAGAGUCUACAAGCAGGGCGCCGGAUCGUAUGGAGGCUUGACGCACGUCGUCAACAUCAUCCCCCUCGCCGGCAAGAAGUACCUGCUCGACGGCGGCUUCGGCGGCCAAGGGCCCAUCUGCGCCGUCCCGCUCGAGCAUGGCGCGGAGGUGACGCAAAUCGCCCCGGCGCAGAUCAGGCUGAUGUUCGAGGCGAUUCCCAACUUCGUCGACCCGGCGCAGAAAUGCUGGGUCUUUCAGUACCGGCACAAUGCCGCCUCGCCUUGGACGCCCAUGUACUGCUUUGUGGAGUUCGAGUGCACGCCGGACGAUGUGCAGUCGAUGAACUUCUCGCCGUGGUUGAGUCGGAGUUCUUUCUUUGCGCAUAAGGUGGUUUGUGUGCGGUUCACGACGGAUCGGGAGAAGAAUGAUGCUGAUGGGCCGGGGUCGCCGGGCGAGGCGGAGUUGGAGGGGGAGAUUGAUGGGCAUAUGACUAUUAACAAUGAUGUGGUCAAGUGGCGGCGAAGGGGGGAGAAGGUGGUUGAUGUGCCGUUUGAGAAGGAUCAGGAUCGAGUGGAUGCGUUUAGGAAGUAUUAUGGCAUCAUCCUGUCAGAAGAGGAGCAGGACUCUGUCAAGGGCACGGCUGCUAUGAUUGCAGGUGGAGCGAUGGGUGCGGAUGGCGACUCUUGA